GGCCGCCCCCACCCCACCCUUCCCGCCGACCCCCGCCAGCGGCCCGCCACCCGCGCCGCAUCCGCGAAACUUUGCUCACUGCCCGCUGGAACUUACAACACCCGAGCGACAACGCGACUCCCCGGACGCGGAGAGGCUCUUCUGCCUUUUGGGGGAGUCACUUUUCCCCGCCGCUGCCCACGACCAGCGCCUCUGAAAGGCGCUCCUCGCCGCUUUUUGGACGCUGGAUUUCCUUCGGAGAGUGGAAAACCCGCAGGCUGCCGCGAUGCCCCUCAACGUCAGCUUCGCCAACAGGAACUAUGACCUCGACUACGACUCGGUGCAACCUUAUUUCUACUGCGACGAGGAGGAGAACUUCUACCAGCAGCAGCAGCAGAGCGAGCUGCAGCCGCCUGCGCCCAGCGAGGAUAUCUGGAAGAAAUUCGAGCUGCUGCCCACCCCGCCCCUGUCCCCGAGCCGCCGCUCCGGGCUCUGCUCGCCCUCGUACGUCACGGUCGCGUCCUUCUCCCCCAGGGGAGACGACGGCGGCGGCGGCGGCAGCUUCUCCUCGGCGGACCAGCUGGAGAUGGUGACCGAGCUGCUGGGAGGAGACAUGGUGAACCAGAGCUUCAUCUGCGACCCCGACGAUGAGACCUUCAUCAAAAAUAUCAUCAUCCAGGACUGUAUGUGGAGCGGCUUCUCGGCCGCCGCCAAGCUCGUCUCGGAGAAGCUGGCCUCUUACCAGGCUGCGCGCAAAGACAGCGGCAGCCCGAGCCCCGCCCGCGGGCACGGCGGCUGCUCCACCUCCAGCUUGUACCUGCAGGACCUGAGCGCCGCCGCCUCCGAAUGCAUCGACCCCUCCGUGGUCUUCCCCUACCCGCUCAACGACAGCAGCUCGCCCAAGCCCUGCGCCUCCCCCGACUCCACCGCCUUCUCCCCGUCCUCGGACUCUCUGCUCUCCUCCGCCGCGUCCUCCCCGCGGGCCAGUCCCGAGCCCCUGGCGCUCCACGAGGAGACACCACCCACCACCAGCAGCGACUCUGAGGAAGAACAAGAGGAUGAGGAAGAAAUUGAUGUUGUUUCUGUGGAAAAGAGGCAGCCCCCUGCCAAAAGGUCAGAGUCGGGGUCACCCUCUGCCGGAGGCCACAGCAAACCUCCUCACAGCCCGCUGGUCCUUAAGAGAUGCCAUGUGUCCACCCAUCAGCACAAUUAUGCAGCGCCCCCCUCCACUAGGAAGGACUGUCCCGCCGCCAAGAGGGCUAAGUUGGACAGUGGCAGGGUCCUGAAACAGAUCAGCAACAAUCGCAAAUGUGCCAGCCCCAGGUCUUCGGACACCGAGGAGAAUGACAAGAGGCGGACACACAACGUCUUGGAACGCCAGAGGAGAAACGAGCUGAAACGCAGCUUUUUUGCCCUUCGUGACCAGAUCCCGGAGUUAGAAAACAAUGAAAAGGCCCCCAAGGUAGUUAUCCUUAAAAAAGCCACAGCAUACAUCCUGUCCGUCCAAGCAGAGGAGCAAAAGCUCAUUUCAGAAAAAGACGAGUUGCGGAAGAGGCGAGAACAGUUGAAACUCAAACUUGAACAGCUACGGAACUCUUGCGCAUAAAUUGACCUAUUGGAGGGAGGAACUGGAAUGAAUCCCUCAUGAAAUUUUCAUUGGUUACUAAGGGAAAGUGAGGAAAACGAUUCCUUCUGACAGAACUCCCUACGUAUGAACUUUUUGCAUAAUGCAUGAUCAACCUCACAACCUUGGCUGGAUCUUAAGACUGAAAGGUUUAGCCAUAAUAUAAACUGCCUCAAAUGGGACUUUGGGCAUAAAAGAACUUUUUUUAUGCUUACCAUCUUUUUUUUUUUUUCCUUUAACAGAUUUGUAUUUAAGAAUUGUUUUUACGAAAUCCUGAACUUUAUCCAAUUUUCCUUUGUAAAUAUAGCCAUUAAAUGUAAAUAACUUUAAUAAAACCUUUAUAGCAGUUAUACCAUAAUUUUUUUAUUUAAGUACAUUUUCCUUUUUAAAGUUGAUUUUUUUCUAUUGUUUUUAGAAAAAAAUAAAAUGCCUGGCAAAUAUAAUUGAGCCAGAUCUUAAGUUGUGA